AUGUAUUAUAAAGCUGAUGCUGCUAAAGCUGUUGAUGUUGAGCUGGUGAAUGUUGCUCAGACUGCAGUCUCUCCAAACCAAGUACACAAGACAAAAAAACGAAAUAUAAAAAACCGUGUAAAACCUGUCUUCUACAAGGUUCAACAGCUACCCUUCUAUAAGGUUCAACAGCUACCCUUCUAUAAGGUUCAAGAUCUACCCUUCUACCAGAUACAACAGCUACCCUUUUACAAGGUUCAACAGCUACCCUUUGACAAGUUUCAACAGCUACCCUUUUACAAGGUUCAACAGCUACCCUUCUACAGGGUUCAACAGCUACCCUUCUACAGGGUUCAACAGCUACCCUUCUACAAGAUACAACAGCUACCCUUUUACAAGGUUCAACAGCUACCCUUCUACAAGGUUCAACAGCUACCCUUCUACAAGGUUCAACAGCUACCCUUCUACAAGGUUCAACAGCUACCCUUCUACAAGAUACAACAGCUACCCUUUUACAAGGUUCAACAGCUACCCUUCUACAAGAUACAACAGGUACCCUUCUACAAGAUACAACAGCUACCCUUCUACAAGGUUCAACAGCUACCCUUCUACAAGAUACAACAGGUACCCUUCUACAAGGUUCAACAGCUACCCUUCUACAAGAUGCAACAGGUACCCUUCUACAAGAUACAACAGGUACCCUUCUACAAGAUACAACAGCUACCCUUCUACAAGAUACAACAGUUACCCUUCUACAAGAUACAACAGCUACCCUUCUACAAGAUACAACAGGUACCCUUCUACAAGAUACAACAGCUACCCUUCUACAAGAUACAACAGGUACCCUUCUACAAGAUACAACAGCUACCCUUCUACAAGAUACAACAGUUACCCUUCUACAAGAUACAACAGUUACCCUUCUACAAGGUUCAACAGCUACCUUUCUACAAGGUUCAACAGCUACCCUUCUACAAGGUUCAACAGCUACCCUUCUACAAGGUUCAACAGCUACCCUUCUACAAGGUUCAACAGCUACCCUUCUACAAGUUUCAACAGAGAUAG